CAUGAAAUUUGCUUGACAUAACGUAUUCAUAAUUUUAAUCACUGCAUUUUCAUUAUGUUAUUAUUUUAGUAAUUAUUUAGAAUUAAUCUUUUUUUUUUGUGAAAAUUAAUAAUCUUUGAGAUUCCCCAAGCAUUUAUAGUAAGGGCCUAUGAUUAUUUUUCAUGUUGAAAAUUUUUCACUUUCAGUUUUUCUAAAAUGUUUAUUUAAGGAGAUGGAGAGCAAAAGAAAAUAUAAGAAAGACAAUCAACCAAAUACACCAAACUAUAUCGGAACGGAAUCAUUUGAAAUUUCCGUUCUUUGUUUCGAAAGUUUACACACAAAACAUCAAACAGACUUCAACAUAAGGACGACCAUAAGUAGCAGUCAUUUAGUUGUUGAACUACUCCUUACAGAAGCCUGCAAUCAGCUCAACUUCCACCCAACUACUUAAUUUCCUCCUCUUAAAGUAUUUCAUAUAACCCUCAAGCCUACACACCACCCUACCAAUCCAUUCCUCAAAUUAAAUCUUGAAAACAUCACAUAUUCGUUCAUAAUAUCUCCUAAUUCACCUCAGAAAUGACUAGCAACGGCUGCCGGGAAGAUGAUCAGCGUGCUGGGGCGGAGAUUGUUUAUGGGGCUGAAGAGUGCUACCGCCAUUCCAUCGAGCUCCUGGAGGAGCUGGGGUUCCCUAAAGGUGUGCUUCCUUUGCAAGACCUGGAAGAAUGUGGAAGAGUUAGGGAAACAGGGUUUGUCUGGAUGAAACAGAAGGCCCCGUAUGAGCAUUUCUUUGUUGGGACAAAUACUCGGGUGAGCUAUUCCACGGAGGUUACUGCAUACGUUGAGAAGUUCAAGAUGAAGAAGAUGACUGGGGUUAAGAGCAAACAGGUUUUUCUAUGGGUGCCUAUAACUGAGAUGAGCAUCGAGGACCCCGCCAGCAACAAAAUAUAUUUCAAGACUCCGAUGGGGAUCGGUAAAUCUUUCCCCAUCACGGCUUUCAUGACGGAUGAGGAGAAGCAGAAGUAUUUGGCGGAGAAAACCAAUGAAUGAAAUACUAAUGCUUUGGAAUUUUGGAUUACUCACAGUGAGGAUACAAUAAACAAUUUAUUGAUGCUGUUGAACUCUUUAAUUGAUUAUUACUGCAAUUUAUAUCUUGGUUUUCUUACAAUUCAUAUAUGAGACUUCUAUGAAAAUUUGAUCAUAAGGUUAGUUCUUCCCGGAAGAAGUAGAUGAUGAUUACACAAAUCAUCCUUCCCGUAGAAUCACUUCCUUUUGCUAUUAAAAUAGGAAACCAUUGAAUCACUGAAUAUUCCUAAAACCAAAAAUAUAAUACAAAGUAAAUAUGUUGUGUGUUUGUCCUGAUUAAAUUUCUUUUAUGCGGAAUGUUGACCAACCCUGUACGGUCCAAAGGAGCAACAAAAUGAUCUUGCAGGUUGGAUAAGUAAACUUAAGUGAUCUGACUAAUCUCCAUCUGAUAUACUACUCUUUUUUUUUUGGCUACAUUAAUAGUCGAUGCAAGCAACUCUGUUUUGACAGGGGAAGUUUUUGCCAAAAUCAAGUUCUAAUUAUUCAUUCAAGUGAUCUUAAGAAUGAACUUAGCCGGGCUCUAGGUGCAAAAAUGGAAACAUUGGAUUAGUCUAGCCAGCAACAUGUGCACGGUGCAGAAAUUCAAGAAGCGUGGAAAUUUUGACACAAUGAAUGAAUUCAUGUGUAUGAAACUUCCAAGCAUCCAAAAAAUGUCAAGAUGGAUAUGGUAUACAAUUUUCGAGGUCCCAAUGAAAAAAAGGAAAAGAAUGAAACUUCCACGAGCUUACCCGGACAAGACAUGACUUUAUAGCUUUUGGAGCCCUAGGGACUGAACCAAGAUGUUUUUUGCUUCGGGUCCGUAUAUGGGAGAAUGGAGAAUCUUUGGUGAUACGACGUUAAAGCCCUAAUUAAGCAUAGAAAUGGAUCGGUGAUGGAUGGAGGCUGGGCCUACUGAUCAUGUGCCCUGAUGUCAGUAAUGCUGAUACAGAAUCCAACAUCUCGAGAGCUAAUAAAACCACGUCAUUUCCUUACACUUUUCAAAC